AAGUUAAAAAGCCCGCGAAAGCGUUAACACGUUCCCCACGGAUCUACCCGAGCGCGCUAUAGCGAUAACAACAACUACAGCCACUCCUCUCUCUCUUGUGCGGCACUCACUUUGCCUCUCUCUGUGGUCGUGGAACAUCAACAGUUAGUUUUACUGCCACCUGUGUUUCGUGUUUCGUGUGUUUCUCUCGGUUCGCGACGCUGCCAGCAGCUCCUUCAUUAAAAGAUAAGCAAGGCUUAAACGGCUACAACAACGCGUGUGUCGUGGCUGUGUGACUGCGUUUGCAUACAAAAAGCAAAAGCAGCAGCAGGCAGCAACAACUACAAGCCGAGCAGUAGAAGAAGACGAUAAAGAAGAGCAGCAAAAACAAGCACACAUUGAAAGGGAAUCUAUUUGCCUGAACAACAAAAAAAAAAAAACAAAAACAAAAACGCCAUAAUGUCGCCACAAACAUCACCGAAGACACCGACACCGCCCACAUUGCCGCCGGGCGUGACCAAGACCUGUCACAUAGUGAAGCGACCCGAUUUCGAUGGCUAUGGCUUCAAUUUGCACUCGGAGAAGGUGAAGCCGGGACAGUUUAUAGGCAAGGUGGACGCCAAGUCGCCGGCAGAGUCGGCUGGCCUCAAGGAGGGCGAUCGCAUACUGGAGGUGAACGGCGUGUCCAUUGGCAGCGAGACACACAAGCAGGUGGUGGCACGCAUCAAGGCGAUUGCCAAUGAGGUGCGCCUCCUGCUGAUCGAUGUGGAUGGCAAGCCCAUAGAGAUGUCGCCGUCGCCGUCGCCGCCUUCGCCAGCAGCCCUUUCCAAUUGCAGUGAACCAACGAAUGGCAAUGGCAAUGGCACUCCCAGUGUGAAUGGGAAUGAGAAUGGCAAUGGGUAUGAGGGCACCAAACAGGAGAUGCCCGGCGCCAGCGCCAACAUUAGCAGCAUCAGCAUGGUGAGCAUGAAGCGAUCCUCGAAUGCGAGCAGCAUCCAGAGCGGCAGCACCAUGAAUGCCAGCGAUCUGGAUGUGGUGGACCGAGGCAUACCGCCGCCGGUGGCUGCUGUUGUUGUCGCUUCGCCCCAGCAUAAUGGCAGCAAACCGUCCUCGCCGUCGCCGAUUAACAACAACACAUUGACGAGCACGCCGCCGCCGCCACCUUCCGCCACGGUGGCCACCAUGAACAGCAAUGGCAAUGUGUACAGCAGCUCCAAUGGCAACACAAAUGGCACGUCCUCGCCCACAGCCGCAGCUGCAGUCGCGGCCACACCCACAGCAACCACAACAACAGCAGCUCCUAUGUCAGCGUCAGGAAACCGGGCGGGCAGCCUGAACCUGCCACUGACGGUGGCCGAGAUGCGGGCCAAGCUUGCCUCCAAGAAGAAGUACGAUCCCAAGAACGAGAGCGUCGACCUCAAGAAGAAGUUCGAGAUCAUCCAGAAGCUCUGAGCGGACACCCAAACCGUCCCACAAAAAGGCACCCGUACUUGUUAUAAAUUUACACGAAGCAAA